GGCAACUACUCAGCUAGCUAGCUUUUAACUGUGUGUGGAUUUGACCAUUUCCCGAGCAUUGCCUUACUGCUUCAUUCUUAUUGGGGACUAGAAAAUUCCGGACAGAAUGCCGGUGGUUGGGGUUGCCUCUAAGCUUAGGCAGCCCUCCACUAGACCAGUCCACACGGCAUUACCCAUCCCAAGCGCAGUUCGCAUGGCAGCAGCGCAAGGUUAUAUGUCCCCACAGCCGAAUGCAGAGCUCAUAGCGGGACAGGGGAGCACCACGCCCCCCUUAACUUCGUUCUCUUAUCAGCUUUCAGUCAAGUCGGAGCUAAAACCGGACAAAAGUUCAACCACUGCUGCUACUGUUGCUGCUGCGGAGGGGAAGAGCAAAGGAGAGACAGAGGAGAGCAAGAUCUGCAAGAUCUACACAGACUGGGCCAAUCACUACCUGGCUAAAUCUGGCUGCCCUCGUCUUAUCAAGGACCUGAGCCAAGACGUGACCGAUGGAGUGCUGCUGGCUCAAAUCAUACAGAUCAUAGCCAAUGAGAAAGUGGAGGACAUCAAUGGCAGCCCGAGGAACCAGUCGCAAAUGAUUGAGAAUGUGAAUGCCUGCCUCAGUUUCCUGGAUGCCAGAGGAGUGAAUGUACAAGGGCUCUCAGCUGAAGAGAUCCGAAAUGGAAACUUGAAGAGCAUCCUGGGUCUGUUCUUCAUCCUGUCUCGGUACAAACAGCAGCAGCAGCAGCAGCAGCAGUACUACCAGAGUCUAGUGGAGCUCAGCCAGAACACAACCUCCAGUGCGAUCUCUGGGGGAGGGCAGGGCAAGAGCCAAGACAUGCAGUCCAGCCUCACAGCGCGAUAUGCAAGUCCCCCGGGCCACAGUGGAAUAGGCUCACCACAGAAGAAAAACACAAGGUUACCAGGCCCCUCCUCCAGAGUCCCUGCUGCGGGCAGUGGGGCCUCCAGGAGCCCCUCUAAUCUCAACCGCAGGAGCCUGAGCUUCAACAGCAUCGACAAGAGCAAACCACUGCAGUAUGCCAGCGGGAAUGAGAGAGACUCAUUGAGGUCCAUCCCUGUGUCCAGUGGCCUGAAUGGGGGCUCUCUUUCUGGGUCACUUUCCCCCAGCCUGAGUGGUCAGCAGCUUGCCUCCUCUAUCCCCUCUCCCACCUCCUCCAAGUCCUGGCGCAGCAAAUCCAUGAACCUCAAGCACAGUGCCACGUCCUCCAUGCUGGCGAGCCCCACGCACUCUCCUCUCCAGGACAGUGGCCUCCAGGCUGGGGUGGGCACAGCAGGAGCCCCCCCUCAGAGGUCCAUGCUGGAGAAGUUCAGGCUGAUCACCCCCAGAGCAGGGUCUAGAGUGUCCCCAUCUGUGGUGGAGAUGGCUCUGCAGGAGGAGGACGAUCUGUCGGAGUAUGGAGACGAGGGAGGCACGCCAACCAGCACUGCUCCAGCCAAGCAACACCCACCCAAGACCCAAACACCCUCCAUCGCCACACCAACCAAAACUUCCUCCACAUUAUACUCCAAGUCCAACAGCAGCAGAACCACAGCACCCUCUAAGGACAAGGAAGACAAGAGCAAGUCCGCAAAAAUCUCUAAAGACUCCUCCUCCUCUCCCAAAGACGAAGCCUCCUCAGAAAACUCUAAAAAGAACUCCAAAAUCAGCAGCUUUAUUCCUAAGGGUGGAAAGACGUCAUCAGCCAAGAAAGAAACCAGCACCUCCACAGCGCCCUCUAGUGGGAUCCCCAAACCAGGACUCAAAGCAGGAUCCACAAACUCAACCAAGUCUCAAAACCAACCACAAGCCUUAAACAGUAGCGGUAACAUUCGUGGAGGAGGAGAAGGCACCAAGUUAAGCAAAGGAGGACAAAGUGGUAGUUUUUACAUCCAGAGGUCCACGGGGGGUCCUGAGGGCAAAAGAACCAGUCUAACCUCAUCCACCAGUACCUCCGCGCUGUCCGGGUCGGGGGUUGGAGGAGGGGUGGGUCAGGGGAGUAAUGGAGUUGUCCAACUUCCCCAGCAACAGCAGCACAACCACCCCAACACGGCCACGGUGGCUCCUUUCAUGUACAGGACGUUCUCGGAGAAUGACUGUACGAUGGUGGUCCCCGUGGACCCUUGCCUCAGUCCCACCAAAGGAGAUCUGGUCUACAGUAAAACCGCCAAGCAGUGCCUGGAGGAGAUCUCAGGAGAAGACCCAGAGACGCGGAGAAUGAGAACAGUAAAGAACAUCGCAGAUCUCCGACAAAACCUGGAGGAGACAAUGUCCAGUCUGAGAGGGGCGCAGAUCACCCACAGCACCCUAGAGACGACCUUUGACUCCACGGUAACCACAGAGGUGAAUGGGCGAUCCCAGGUGCCCCUCUCCUCUCGGGCCUCCCCCAUGUCAUGGCGUCUGGGACAGCCCCAAACCCCCAGACUACAGGCCGGAGAUGCGCCCUCCAUGCCCAGUGGAUAUGCUGUACCCCGAGGCAGCUCCACCACUACUGCAGCCACUGGGGGGCACUACAGUGGCCACUCCGACUCAUCCAGAUACAUGGCAGACAGCGGGCUCCAUCUUUACAGUCGAAACUCGGGUCGUGCCUCCGACUCGCCUUCUUCUCGAGAUGUUUUUCAAAGACUCAGCAAAGACGUACCCGGGGACAUCGACAAUUGGGACGACAGCAGUUCUGUGAGCAGUGGCUUCAGUGACACUUUGGACAACAUCAGCACAGACGACAUGAACACUCCGGCCUUGUACAACGGGGGCAGUAGCGGGCAGCGCAAGAGCAAAGCAGGACAGUCCCAGAGAGGAAGCCGAUCGAAGCAUGUAGACCCAGAGGUGAGCAGUAGCUGGGCUGGAGCUGAGGACCUGAAGAAGGUGGAGGAGGAGCAGGACGGAGGAACCAUGGACCAGAGCAGUGGAUCCCAGCGAUGGAAGCCCUCUGCAGCCUCUCCCUCUGCCCAAAAACAGAGCCACCAGGCCCCCCUGUCCCACCAGACCCACCAGGCCUACCAGGCGCAGUACGAGGAGCAGGGCCAGAAGGGGGCAGCACUAGGACAGGUGUCUCAAACUGGCUCGUGGAGAAGAGGGGUGAGUGCCCAGGUCGGAAUCACUCCACCGAGAACCAAGACCCCAUCAGCAGCACUCAAAACAACAGGUAAAACUGAUGACACCAAAGCUUCAGAAAAAGGCAAAGCUUCAUCAAAAUCUUCUUCCGGGAUCCAGCGCUCCCCGUCAGACGCCGGGAAGAGCAGCGGAGACGAGGGAAAGAAACCUCCAUCCGGAAUUGCACGCCCUCCUACAUCCACCUCAUUCGGGUUCAAGAAGCUCCCUGGUCCUUCUGGAACGCUUAUUACCUCCAGUGGUGCAACAUUAGCUAGCGGGUCAGCCACAUUAGGAAAAGCACCCAAAUCCCAAUCCUCUUUGGGAAAAGGAACAGCAAUUGUUGGUGCACGAAAAACAAGCUUGGAUGGAUCGCAACCUCAAGACGACACCAUUUUGAUAAGUUGCGGAGGAUCAAAAAUGUCACUUCAGUAUCGUUCGCUACCGAGACCGGCGAAAUCAUCAAGUGGAGUAGCGUCUAGAAGUUCGCAUCGCUCCAGUUCGAGUAGCAUAGAUUCAAAUGUUAGCAUAAAAUCCGGAACCCACGCAACAGGUGCCAAGAGACGAGACAGUGGUAAAGUCUGUUCAGAUCGCUCAAGUCCAAUUACUAUUAGCCAAACGGACAAUAGCAAAGUUUCUGACCAAGAAAACGCAUUGUCAGGAUUAUCAACAUCACCAAAGUCAAGCCCUACCUCUUCGGGACAAUCCAGUCUGAGGCAGCCAGGAUCCAAGUAUCCAGAUAUUGCCUCCCCAACAUUUAGAAGACUGUUCGGCUCCAAAGCGAGCAGCAAGGCCAGCACCCCCGGGACCCCUGACUCCGGGAAGUGCCCCUCAGCUCUGAGCAGCCCCCACGGGACUCUGGUGCGGCAGCCCAGCUUGGACUCUCCAUCGUCGGGCACGGGUAGCCUGAGCGCAGGGCCUAGCGGAGGGAGCAGUCCUCUGUAUGGUAAAGGUCCGGAGCUGUGCAAUGACUCCUCAGGCCUCUCCCUGCCCUCAGCCUCUCGAGUCUGGGACAGUAAAGACACUCUGAGCUGCCAGAGCAUGAGCAGUCUGCACACCAGCUCCGAGUCCAUAGACCUGGGCCUCCACCAGGGCACUAAAGUGUCCCGCACCGGCAGUGUCAAGUCCACCCUGUCUGAGGGCAUGCACCUGGACAGAAAUACUCUUCCUAAAAAGGGACUCAGGUACCCCCCUUCGUCCCGUCAGCCCUCUCAUGAAGAGGGGAAGGAGUGGCUCAGGUCACAUUCCACUGGAGGGCUCCAGGACACAGGACAGUCUCCAAUGUCACCACCAGGGGCAGCAUGCAACAAUACCGGAAAAUACCACUACUCUAACCUAUUGAGUCCAACCAACAGUGGUCAGUACAUGGCUCCAGGCUCCAACAGCAUGAUCAGAUCCAACAGUAUCCCAGCCCAGGACUCCUUUGAGCUGUACGGCGAGGGCCAUCCACUAGGGGGCAGCGCCACCUCCCUGGAGGACAGACCCCGUGCCAUCAGCCGAUCAGGGUCGUUCAGGGACAGUACUGACGAAGUUCAUGGCUCCUCUCUGUCUCUGGUCUCCAGCACCUCCUCACUCUACUCUGCUACAGAGGAGAAGGCGCAUUCAGAGGGCCAAACUGUUCCAAACACAACGCAAAUCCGAAAGCUUCGCCGAGAGCUGGACGCAUCUCAGGAGAAGGUGGCGACCCUCACAUCUCAGCUGGCUGCUAAUGCCCAUCUUGUAGCAGCUUUUGAGAAGAGUCUGAGUAACAUGACCUGUCGACUGCAGAGCUUAACAAUGACGGCAGAGCAGAAGGAGUCAGAGCUGGCAGAACUGAGGGAGACCAUAGAGAUGUUGAAGACACAAAACACAGAUGCACAGACAGCCAUUCAGGUGGCUCUGAACGGCCCCGACCAUUUGCACAAAGAUCUGAGGAUCCGGCGACAGCAGUCGUCUGAGAGCAUGUCCAGUAUCAACAGUGCAGCCAGUCACUCCAGUCUGGGCAGUCUGAGUAAAGACACCGAGGACAAGAAGAAGAAGAAGAAGAACUGGGUGGCAGACUCCAUUCCUGCUCAGUUACGCAGUUCAUUCAAGCACGCGUUCAGUAAGAAGAAGACGAAGUCCCAGUCAGCUCAUGAUGAGAUGGAGGAGAUGAGUGAUUCUCUGCCUUCUUCGCCCAAAAUGCAGCAUGAUAACAGACAAGGCAGCAUUGCUACACUACGCUCCUCUCCCUCAACCACUGAGUUGUGUGAGUGCACAGAGGCAGAGGCAGAGACAAUUCUGCAGUUGAAGAACGAGCUGAGAGAGAAGGAGCUCAAACUCACUGACAUCAGACUGGAGGCUCUGAGCUCCGCCCACCACCUCGACCAGAUCAGGGAGGCCAUGAACCGCAUGCAGAAUGAGAUUGAGACGUUGAAAGCAGAGAAUGAUCGUUUAAAGUCCAGUGGAAAUGCAACUCCCGUAGCCACUCCAGUGAAAGCAGCACGGCCCCCCUCAGAGACCUCCAGCACCUCGUCCUCCUCCUCAAGGCAGAGUCUGGGGCUGUCCCUCAACAACCUCAACAUCACAGACAGCAUCAUGUCAGACGCUUUUCUGUUAGAUGACAGCUUCGAGGGAAACCUGCGCAAAGAAGGUCGAAGUGUGAGGAUCGUGGUGUCCAUCUUCAGCACGCCCAAGACCACCAAGUUCCAGGAUAAACUGUGUCAGGAAUACCUCAUCGGAUCAAUCGGUGUGAGUGGGAAAACCAAAUGGGAUGUCCUGGAUGGAGUCAUCAGGCGCCUCUUUAAGGAGUACUUGUUCAGAGUGGACCCCAGCAGCAGUCUGGGCCUGAGCUCAGACAGUAUCGUGUGCUAUCGGAUGGGGGACGUGGUUCGCUCUCACUCCUCAGAGGUGCCAGAGCUGCUGCCCUGUGGCUACCUGGUGGGAGACAGCAAUGUCAUCCAGGUCAACCUCAAAGGAGUACGGGAGAACAGUUUGGACAGCCUGGUUUUUGACACUCUGAUCCCAAAGCCAAUUCUCCAGCGGUACCUAAACCUCCUGAUGGAGCACAGACGAAUCAUCCUGUCUGGACCCAGUGGCACUGGGAAAUCUUUUCUUGCUGCAAAGUUAUCCGAGUAUGUGAUCUGUCAGCUGGGACACGAGCCCAAUGAACGAAACGUGGCACGGUUCAACGUCGACCAGAACUCUAGCAAAGAGCUGCGUCAGUACCUGUCCAGUCUGGCAGAGCAAUGUAACUCUGAGGAAAUGGCACCACACCUCCCUCUGGUGGUCAUCCUGGAUAACCUGCACCACGUCGGCUCUCUCAGUGACAUCUUCAAUGGGUUCCUCAACUGCAAGUACCACAAAUGUCCAUACGUGAUUGGAACCAUGAACCAGGGUGUGUCUUCAUCACCAAACCUCGAACUACAUCACAACUUCAGAUGGGUGCUGUGUACGAACCACACAGAGCCAGUGAAAGGAUUUCUGGGACGUUUCCUUCGGAGAAAACUGAUUGAGAUGGAGAUCAAUAAAAACAUGCGCAGCAACGACCUCAUCAAGAUCAUUGACUGGAUCCCCAAAACAUGGCAGCACCUCAACUGCUUCCUGGAGGCUCACAGCUCCUCUGACAUCACUAUUGGCCCCCGUCUCUUCCUAUCCUGUCCAAUGGAUGUGGAGAGCUCCAGAGUCUGGUUCACUGACCUGUGGAACUACUCCUUGGUGCCCUACCUGCUCGAAGCCGUGAGAGAGGGACUACAGUUGUAUGGAAAGCGGGCAGCCUGGGAGGACCCGUCCAAAUGGGUGAACGACACAUACCCCUGGAGCUCCCCCUGUCUGCAGCAGGAGGGACAGUCUCUGCUGCAGCUCAGGCCUGAGGACGUGGGCUACGACGGGUACAGUUCAUCUAAAGAGGGGGCUUCAUCGAAACAGGUGUCCCAGAGUGACACUGAGGGAGACCCAUUGAUGAACAUGCUGCUACGUCUCCAGGAGGCAGCGAACUAUUCGAGUACUCAGAGCUGCGACAGUGACAGCACCAGCCAUCAUGAGGACCAGCUGGACUCAUCCCUGGAGUCUGCUCUAUGAAUCCACCUGCACCAGAGGGACUAGUCUAACCUGCACCAGGUGGACCAUUCUACCUGUGCCAGGGGGACCAGUCUAACUGCACCAGAGGGACUAGUCUAACCUCCACCAGAAAGAUCAGUCAAUCUACAUCAGAGGGACCAGUAAUCUGCGCCACAAGGACUAGUCCUGGAAGACUAGUCCAUCUGCACCAGGAGGACUAGUUUAAAUCCAUUAGGAAGACCAGUCCACUAGCAUGAUAUAAAUCUGCCUGCACCAUGAGGACCAGGUGGACUCAUCCCUGGAGUCUGCUCUAUGAAUUCACCUGUGCCAGGGGGACAAGUCUAACCUGCACCAGUCCACCGGUUUGUAAUGAGAGUUGGAGCCGAGUCUUGUUCCAGUGAGGGACCUACAACAGACCCAGUCAACAUCACACAGCACCAAAGUUUUGUAUGAAAAGUUUGCAAUAAAGUUACAAUGAUAUCACAGGCAAGUAUCGCGCAGUAGCCAUUCCACUGUGGAGGGCUAAACUACAAACCUUUUGGUUAGCAGACUCAGCCACUCGGUCUUUGUCGUACAAGUAAUUAUUGAAACUCCAAUUUUUACAUAUAAACUUGCGCUGUAUGUGACAAAAACAGUUGGCUACUAGAUUGUGCUGUCAACACUGUUCAUUCUGCAUGUUGAGAAAACUACAUAAACUGGAUCCUUUCAACUUAAUCCCAGUUAUGUUUUCUAUUUUAUCUCCUGGUGUUUACAAAUAGGGCAGAUUUAGUUGAUUUUGUUUACAAAAGUGAAGAUCAAAUGCACUUAAAUUUUAAUGGAAGUUGUGUUCACAUUCUCUCAUUCAGUGAUGUCAAAAGCUCAAAUGGAAGACAGUUGGCAAGAAGACAGUAUGACAAGAAGAGUA